UUGAAAAUCAAAAUCAAACGCUUGAUUAUACAAGGUCAAGAAUUCUAUAUAACUAGUCUCUGAUGCAGCAUUCUUGAGAACAGUGUAUAGUUGUGGUUUUUUUGAAUUGGUCACAUUUUUUUUAGUCAUAGUGUCAAAAUGUUAUCACCCGUUUUUACAAGCCUAUGCUUCAUAGUCAUUUUUAUCGGAGUUAAAGAUGUAUCAUGUAAAAAUUCUGCAUCGGUGUACCGAAUCAUACCUAGGACGAGUAAGCAACUGGACGUCUUAUUUGAAUUAGAUGGAAAAUUAGAAAAUAUUUCAUUUUGGUCGCAUCCUAAAAGAGUGAACGAAACAGUUGAUUUGUUGGUUCAUCAAAAUGAGAAUGAAGCAUUCACGAAGUUAAUGAGGGUUAAUAGUCUACAAUAUCAAGUAAAGGUGCCGGAUGUUGAGCGAUUCUUGAACGAUACAGAGAAACUUGAUUUGAAACCAAAAGUACAUAGGCUCCCCUACUCACUAUAUUACUCACUAUUUUGGAUGCAGAAGACAUUUGGGUGGACGAGAUUCCAUACUCUGGACGAAAUUUAUGAUUGGUUGGAUGGAUUGCAAAAAAAAUUCCCUAAAAAUGUACAAGUUAUCGUUGCUGGUGUUUCCACGGAAAACCGUCUCAUCAAAGGCGUCCAUCUAAAAUUUAGUGAAAAUAAAAAGGCCGUUUUCAUCGAGGGAGGAAUCCACGCCCGAGAAUGGCUAUCGCAUUCAACAUCCACGUACCUAAUAAAUGAGCUCUUGACGAGCGAAAGACCAGACAUUCGCCAACUCGCUGCAUCAUACGAGUGGUAUAUCUUCCCUAGUGUCAAUCCCGAUGGUUAUGUUUAUACGCAUAUACAGGUGGGCAUACGAGAGCAUCUGAUUGAUCAGAUGAAGCAAUAG